GAGGAAGUAUGAAGCAAACAAGGCGAGACGAGCAUGGGUUUAUGCAUUUGUGGAUUUCUCUGAAUACUGAUUCUUCUGUUUUGACUGAAACAUUUCAAGAAAGUGAAACAAGAUCAACACGGAAAGUACGACACCAUGGAAGCAAAGAAAGUAGCUGAAGUGGAGAUGAAGGAGAUCACACCAGAAGAAGUACAAGACAAUAAGGAUAUAGAAAAAGGUGAAAUGGAAGGAACGAAAGAGGCUGUGAAAGAGGCAGAAAAAGAAGAAAAAGAAGAAAAAGAAAGCAAAGAAGAAGGUGGUAGUGUUUACUGCAAACUGAAGAAUCCAACAGAAGAAAUUUAUAAUCUUUCAGCAUCUACUUCUACAUGCGAUAAAGAAGCUGAGAAAAAGGCAGAAAAAGAACAAGAAAUAACAGAAGAAGGUGGUAAUGUGUACUCCAAGCUGAAGAAUCCAACAGAAGAUGUUUAUCAUUCUUCAAUGUCUGCUUCCACUUCCAAACGCAAUGAAGCUGAGAAAAAAGCCGAGAUAAAAAAAGAAGAUGAAGAUGAUGUGUACUGCAAACUGAACGAUCCAUCAGAAAAUGUUUAUAUGGCUGCCAUGACCAGUUCCUCUGCGAAACACAAUAAAGAUGUUUACACCAAGUUACGUCACUGCAGGAGGAUUUCCGCUCUUUUCAUCGUUCUCUCUUUGCUCUUACUGGUUGUGGUUCUUGCUCUGGCGAUUAAGUCACAUGAAGUUCAGUCCAGCCAGAAGUGUCUAGAGCAAUCUCCUCAAGCGCCAGGCCCAGCCAUUAGGCGCCCACACGAAGUAGUGUACGAGGGCGCUGACUGUGGGAGGGGCUGGCUGAUCUUUAACAACACCUGCUACUUCAUGUCUAGGGAGCUUCUAAGCUGGCAGAAGAGCCGGGAGGCGUGUCAGAAACGGGGCGGAGACCUGAUUGUCAUCAACAGUGAACAUGUGCAGAAAUUUCUAACUAGAAAUAUUGGCUUGAUGUACUGGAUUGGGCUCCGUUAUUCAGAUAAUCAGCAUUGGAGGUGGAUUAACAAUACUGCACCAAACCAGAACUAUUGGGCCGAUAAUCAGCCAGACUCAAACUCUGAAGAGUCCUGUGCACUGAUAAAGGGAAUGAGACUGCUAAGGGGACGCAGUUCAUCCCUGAAAAGCUGGUAUUCAAACCGCUGUGGGGUGAACUCACGUUACAUCUGCCGGAGAGAUUAAAUGCAGAGAAUGAUCAACCAUAACCAUCACAUACAUUUGCUACAUUUUCCUUCAAUAUCAUCAUUUUACUCUUUUACUUCAUUCUUUCAAAUGCAGUUCAUAAAUGGCAACAAAUUCAGAAUCAGUACAUUAAACAAUCCCAUUCUGUGAUGCACAAUCAAAUAGACAUGCUGUGUAUUUUUCAUGACUGAGAAAAUGAAACAUACUGCGUAUAUUCAUUGAGGGUGACUGUGUUUAUAUGACUUGCAAUGCUUAUAAUUGCACUGAUACAAAAUUAUUUUGCACUCAUUUCUAUGAAGCUUUGCUUGCACUAAAAAGUGUACUGAAUGUAUACUAAAUAUAUACCUAUGUAGUUGUCUUUUCAAUAAUAUUGAAAUG